AUAAUAUCUCAAGAUAAUACAAGUAUAAGCAAGAUGGCUGAAACGGUGAUGGAUUCUACGAUCGAGGCACCAGAAAAUGGCCAAAUCGAGCCACAAAAAUCCGAAGCAUCUGUCAUCAGUGAUGACUAUGACCCGAGUAUUCCUACAGAUGAGAAAGGCUCUGUUGCUGAAUUCACACCUUCCAAGAUGAAAGUUGCCGAGCUCCGCACGGAACUGAUGAAUCGUGGCCUGGAUGCCAAGGGCAACAAGGCCGCCCUUGUCCAGAGGCUGGAGGAGGCACUGGACACACCGCAGGGGGAAGUAUCUACUCCGCAACAACCUGGUGACGAAGACAACGGAGAUGAAGAAGACGAAGAUGAGGUUACUAUGAUUACGCCAGAGGACAUUGGCGGGAAAGACCAGGAGAUAGGAGACCUCGAGAUGUUGGCACCUCUUCAGAGCAAAGAGGAGAGUGGGGAGGGAGAUGUAGACGCUGUGGAAGAAAUAGACGAUGAAGGGGAAAGCAGUGCCACUGAGAAUAUCGAAGAGCAAGGCCAGAUAGAAAUGGAGAUGGAGACGGAGACAGCUGCGGCUGGUCAAGAGCAGAAACAGGAGGAGCCCAUGGAGCAAGAACCAACAGAGAAGCCCACGUCCAAGCCCCUCGUCCCAAAAGCCAAACCGGCAGAGGUACCAGCAGCUAAGGAGAAGCCCAAACAGGAGCCAAAGGUCGUAGCUAAGCCCCAGGAGAAGGUGGUAGAGAAGAGUAAGCCAGCAAAAGGAGCCACCAAAGCACCAGCAGCUAAGGCUAAGGAAGAAACUAAGAAGCCAGAGGUUGAGAAGGGACCACCACCAGAGCUGCAGAAAUACUGGAAGGCCGUCAAGGACAAGCCCACGGAUUUCACUGGCUGGACCUAUCUGCUUCAGUAUGUGGAACAACAGGGUCACAUGCCAUCGGUCAGGGACGCCUUUGAUGCUUUCCUUGCGCGCUACCCUUACUGCUACGGCUACUGGAAGAAAUACGCCGACUUGGAACGCAAGAAAGCCAAAAAUACCGAGAAAGCUCAAGAGGUGUUUGAGACGGGCAUGAAGGCGAUUCCUUUGAGUAGUGACCUGUGGAUGCAGUACAUCCAGUUUGUCGGCCAGACUGCAUCGCCGGAGGAGGUUACUGACAGACUGCGAAGUGUAUAUUCCAAGGCUAUUGCCGCAGCUGGCACAGACUUCCGCUCAGACAAGCUCUGGGAUAUGUACAUCAACUUUGAGAAGGACAAACAGGAGUGGCAGCGAGUCACCAAGGUAUACGACCAACUCCUGACUAUCCCUACUCAACUGUACAGUCACCACUUUGAAAAGUUCAAGGAGCACAUCAAGAAGCAUCACCCCAAGGACAGCCUCUCCGUUGAUGAGUUCAUCAAACUGCGUAUGGAGGUGGUGGAGGUGCUAGGAGUGGUGGAACCGGGGAUAGAGGAAGGGGAUGAGGGUGGGGAUGACGCACCCCCGGGGGAUGACGACGCACCCCCAGGGGUUGAGAUUGCUCCCCCAGGGCUGGAGACACCAGCUGCCAAGAAAGCUGCUAGUUCUAAGCAAGUGGAAAUGGAGAAUGAGGCCAUCAGGAAGAAGGUUCUGGAGUCUCGCGGGGCAGUCUACAGACAGACUGAGCAAGAAGUCAGCAAGAGAUGGGCCUAUGAGGAAGGGAUCAGAAGACCCUAUUUCCACGCCAAACCCCUGGAGAAGAGCCAGCUGAAGAAUUGGCGGGAGUAUCUGGACUUUGAGACGGCUAACGGUACCCAUGAGAGGGUCCUGAUCCUGUAUGAGCGCUGCCUGGUAGCGUGUGCACUGUAUGAGGAGUUCUGGAUGAGGUAUGCCAAGUACCUGGAGCCACACAGCAUCGAGGGUGUGAGCUCAGUCUACAAGAGAGCUUGCUCCAUCCACCUGCCCAAGAAACCCAGCAUUCACCUUCGCUGGGCAGCUUUUGAGGAGAAGCAAGGCAACAUGACAGCAGCUCAAGAAAUUCUGCAGAAGCUGGAGGAGAACGUGCCAGACCUCCUGAUGGUGUCCCUGGAGCGCCUGAGUCUGGAGCGUCGCCUCGGCAACAAGGAGGAGGUGGUCGGCAUCUUGAGGAAGCGAAUGGGAGCAAGCAAGAAGCCAGAGAUCAAGGCCUUCUUUGCCAUGAAGCUCUCCAGAUACUAUGCAAAGGUCAUGAAUGACAUCGACAAUGCCAGAAAAGUCUUGCAAGAUGCUGUCCAGUGGGCGAAGGACAAAGUGACCCUGUACCUGCAGAUGCUGGACCUGGAGAUGCAGCAGAUCCCCAGCGAUGAACAGGCCAUCCUAGACCUGCUGCAGAAGGGCAUCGAAGUCAGCAAAGACAUGGAUGAUAAGAUGAAGUUCUCCCAGAGACGCCUGACGUAUCUCAUGGACUUUGGGACCGACGUGGCCAAGUUGCAGACUGCUUACGAGUCUCAUCAGGUACUCCUCAAAGAACAGCUGGAAAUCCUGCAGGUAGCCAACAAGAAGAGAAGCGCAGAGACAAGUGGAGCGAGUGAUAGUGCACAGUGCCAGUUACCCGGUGCCCAUGCAUCGCCCAACACUGCCGCUGCAGUUGCGACACCAGCCAAACCAGUGCAGAGGGGCGUUGCCUUUGCAGGAUGGAAGAGAGGGUCUGACUUGACCUCUGUCAAAGGCGAGAGCACGCCUGCCGCCACACCAGCCAAGAAAGCCAAGACGGAAGACUCCAAAGCCUCAACGACCCCCACCCCUACCACACCAACCACAGCUGCGACCCCAUCCAAGCCCCAUCCCCUGCUGUCCAACCCAGUCAGCAAUCCUUCAGGCCCUGCUGCUGCUCAGGACUACAACCAGCCGCCCGGGCCCAACCCAGGGUGGGGAGGGUACAACCAGCCCCAGUAUGGCCCCCAGGGGGGUAACUACGGACCCGUGCCCCCUGGCCCAGGGGGUUACAAUCAGCCCCCGCCAAACAGCUACAAUCAGCAAUACCAGCAGUACCAACAAGCCUGGGGAAAUUACAACCAAGGCUACUACCCAAGAUAGCCGAGUCUUCGCCAUCUCCUCUAGAAAACCAUUGAAGGGUUGCUUAAAAAUGAACCCGUAGUGGUCUGAAGUUAGCUGCAUGCAUGGCAAGUCUUAUUAAGUCGGGGAAGCAGUUGCUUCAUAUCAGACGAACCACAAGUAAAAACUGCUUCGUAGCAUUUUAUAUUCUCUUUCAAAUCUUUAAAUGGAUGGUUUUGUCAAAUAUUCAAGCAAGUUAAUACUUAGGUUGACUGGUAGUAGUGUUUAUUAUGACAUGUCCAUGAUAAAGGGACAGAAAGUUCUUCACUUUUUUUACUUUGCUAAUGGAAUUGUAUGAUACGGAGUAAUUCCUGAACAGUGCCGGGAAAGCAAAAUUUUCCUUCAGGUCGUACAUUAGAAAAGGAGCUGCGAUAAAGACAUUGCUUGAAUACAUUCUGUCUUUUGCAGCCCUAUAAAUAUUAAUAGAUUUUCUGAUUUAAA